AUGACUAUUUCAAGUCGAAUUCACAACAAUGACAUUCACGAAAUGAACAUAUCAGUCCGUACAAACUUGUUAAAUAUUGGUAAGCCUUGCUAUUUGCGAGAAUUGUUUAUUGAAGACCCGAAGUUCAGAGAGACUUGCAGCCAAGAAAAAUUAUGUUUCUUUCAGAUUACCGAAUUUCUCUUCUACGCUCUAUGA